AUGCCGGAGCUAAGACUGUCCAAGUAUCGCUUCACACCGUCACCGCUGUUCUCGCGCCGCUGCACGUGCGGCCACCGCUGGCGCCAGCACCAGGUUACCGGCGAGCGGCGCUGGGUGGUGGAACUGUUGGUUGCCAAGGCGGCUGAGGAGCUUGUUGGUGAGGGUGUUGGCUCGAGUAGUAGUAAUGAGGGUGAGGAUGAGGAUGAGGACGGUGGUGACGACGACGACGACGACAGCGACGACGACGAUGACGACGACGACGAUAAGUACUACACGCGGUGCGACGUGACGCCGUCCUCGGUGCGGGUGGACUCAGACUGGGGCGAUCUCGACGACGCAUGA